AUGAAGAGUGAACCGAACGAAGGGAACAGUGACCUGCAGCAGUUAGUACAGGCGCUUAAGCAGAGUAUGAUGAUGUCGAGUGAGGUGAGCGAAGCGAGGAGAAAUGUACGAGCACCGCGUGUUUACUCAGCGGGACAGAGCUUUAAAACACGGUUAUCCUAGUUCGUGCAGUAUGCCGACCUUGUGCACAUCAAGCCGUCGGAUCGUCGAGCAUAUUUACUCACAAUGUUGGACCAGCCGGCCUUUAAGGCGGUGGAACUUCUCAAGCUUUCAGAGUUCUUGUCAUUUGACGAUUUUACGGCACAGUUGAUAAAGAGAUUCGAUUCGGGUAAGACGAGGGAGGACUACAAGGUACAGCUUAUCCAUUCAAAGUGGAGUUGGCCAGAGAUCAGUCAAUUCAAGGAGUGGCAGUGAGUAAUGAAAUACGAGAGAAGUUAUUUAUCAGUCAACCGGGAUCACUCGUGGAGGCAGUUCGCGUGGUUCGCCAAUUAGAAAGCGCGCGUAAAUCGUCAAGCGGCUCCGUCAGUUGAGAAGAAGCAAUCCGUGAGUGUAGACAGCACCUCGGCUGGAAACGAGAGGAUUUUGACAGAGAUACGUGAGCUUAAGGAGCUUGUUCUGGGCGUGAACGAGAAAAUUAAGGAACUAGAAAGAAAAAACGAGACAAGGGCAACAACAGCUCCGAGGCGCCGUGAUGACGCGGUGUGCUGUUCUUGCCACCGACGAGGUCACUUUGCGCGGGAAUGUCCAACUAAAGUAUCGGGAAAUGUAAGACGGGGCCUGCGGAGGGCCAACCAGUCCCCGUAGGACAAGGUCAGGUAGGCCUAGUAGAAACUGGUUUUAUUAUGGAGAAUUUCGGAGUGUCUCGAAAUGAAAGUGUGCUGUCCGUCUUAUCAGAGUCUGGGAUUUAUGUUUCGGGACUUGUGAAUCAUCGUUUGAUGUGUAUACUGUCGGACACUGGUGCUACUGUCAGUGUGUUGAGUGAGAGUGCUUGAAAAAAAGUGGAAUUGUUUUAAAACCGGAGCCAAUUGCUGGAAGACUUACAACAGCGGACUGUUCUGGGAGAAACUGAAGUGCGAAUUCGCAUGGGAAAGAUUGAAUGCUCCUGUUAUAAUAGUGCAAGGUUUAGCCCGUGACUUUGUACUAGGUUCAGAUUUCUUUCAACACUAUCAGUGUCAAAUUCACUAUGACACAGGAACUCUUGCAGUAGGAGAUUCGGAAAUUCCAAUCAGAUACCGCAAGACUACACCAAGUGUUUAUAGAAUCUUUUUAUGUGUUGAUGCAGAGCUAGAACCGGGGACUGAACAAGUGAUAAGAGCUAGAUUAGAAGGGGGUUAUGAACAGAAUUCCGAAAGCCCUGGAAUCCUGGAGGGGUCAAAAGAA